AUGGCGUUAAUUGAGUGCCGACUCAAAGAUGUGGAACCAAAAGAUGUUUGGGAUGAGUUUUGGAUUCAAAACGAUCUCCUAAAUGUGAAAAACCAUUUGAAAGUUUUGUUCAAUCAACUCCACGAUUUGGCAGCCGAUAACGCAUUGAUUGUUGAACUAUACACGCUGAACAUCUUUCUACAAAAACACCACAACCUAUUUGCCCCGUUUCAGAAAGAGGUACUAAAUUGGGCUGAUCCGGAAGAGGUGCGCACUCACCUACAUGCCUUCCUCACCGCUAAAGAGCAACAAAAACGGGCCGAAGACGAGCGAAAAGCUUUGGCAAAGCUUGAGAAAGAGCAAGAAAAGGAGGAGAAAAAGAAAGCGAAAUCGAAUAUAGAAGAAGACAAUACAAAGCCAAUCCUUUUAAGCGAAGAGAAGGAUAAAGAAGAACAAGGGAUGCUUCAAAAGGUAUGGAAGUAUGGUGCGAGCAAGUUCUCGGCGUCUCCCGAAGGAAAAGCUUUCAAGGACAUCGAAAAUUUGAUAAGCUCUCAUAAAAGCGUUUUCAAGCCGUUUCAAAAGCUCGUGAAAAGCCAACAAACCCUCACCGAGCGUUUCUCCUACUUUUCAUCUAGCCGUGCAGCCGUGCAACAGAAAGCUGAGCCGUGUUCCGUGCCGCAGAGCCUCAUUCAAAUGUACUUUCUCUCGUCGAGAAUACUCGACUUCAAUCAGAGACUCUACCGCUAUUGGAAGCUCUACAAUAAGGCUGUAUUGUCACCGAAUGACUGGUGGAGUGAGCUCGAACAGCUCGAUGAAAAGCUCGAAACGCAUACCGACUUCAUAACAGCUCUAGCCAAUGUCACGCUGCCACAAUUCGACAGCAAAAUGCGCGUAUUCAUGGAGAAUCACGGGCUCGCGUGUUCGGCCUAUCGUCAUUACAUCUCUGACGAAUUGCAGGUAAAUCUGCAGGUUUUCCGAAGUAGUGGCCUUUGUGAGAUGCGGCUUGUCGAAAACAUAAACCCUCACUUGUCCCAUGUUGAACGUCUCUUCAUCAACGGGACCACUUGGGCUGAGGUUCAACCAAACCUUGGCAUUCGCAAAAUGCGACAAGCAAUCGAAGAUGAUCCAGCUAUCGUUUCGUGGAACUUUCCACCAAACGAAAUCUCUUUUCAACCGUGGUUCAACUCGGGAUUUCACGCAAAAGUCGACGAGUGGAUGCGUGCCGUUAGUGUCACGGCCGACUCGAAAACCUUUCUAGCUUUUCUGCAGUUCAUUUACCGCCUACGAGGUUGUGCGUCGAGCUUAAACGAGUGGCAAUUCAUGUUGAACACGUUCAUUGAAUGCCGUUGCAAUUUGGAGCUGAACACGGAGGCGAUCAUCUCGAUGACUCUCGGGGGAAACGGAGAGCUUCGAGAUAUUUGGUUGGCGUUGAGAGUGCUUGCAGCCCUUAAGGGCAAGAGUGGAGACAGUGUGGAGUCGAUGCGAAAACGAUUAGAAGAAAUUCGCGAGCCUCGGCUUCGAGCCCUCCUUGGCUCAAAACUGCAUGAGAUCGAGCUAGACGAAGUGACGCUGAACAUUUUGAUCAAAAUGCUUGCUCACGCCAAUGACCGCGUUGUCGAGCUGGCCGGUAUGCAGUUAAGCGAAUGGGUCGACAUUGCAAAGUGUCAAAAGUGGAACGACUUUGAGCCGCUGCUGAAAAAGUACGGUGCCGUUGGAUACUACAUUGUUCUCCUGGACUCGUUGAAAAGGCCAGAGGUCGGAAAACUGAAAGAGAUUAUCGAUCACGUGUCAAGACAAGAGUGCUAUAUCUUUGAGAAAACGAUUUCAAGACUCGUCUAUCUGAUUGCCUACAAGGAGGUGGUUUUCAACGACGAAUACGCGAAAAAUGUCGAGCAAAUGCUGGAAAAUCUGUCAAAUGUGGACAUGAUUUGCUCGCUGUGCACAAUCGACGAGCACAACAUGAAGAGAACGGAAAUGAUUAAUCUCGUAAUCAACGAGCGAGUUCAGAACGAAAUCCUGGGAUCGAAAGCUGAUUGGAUAACGAAUAGUCUUGAAAAGGUGUUUCCGAAAGCUGAUCGCGUCUUGGACCAUUUGAUUCGUUUCACCACGAAUCCCCAAGACUCAGCGCUGCGAGCCGAAGAAAGGGAGCUGGAAUUGCAACAUGUGAAAGAAAUCAUUGAGCGGGUGAACACAAAACAACAACCGCUUGAUGAUCACCUCUCGAAAACUUUUGCUUCUGUAUGCGCCGUGUUGGAGACGAAAUGCAAGCUGCGUUUGAGAGACACGCAGAAAAUUGCCGUGCUCACCGCGAUCACUAGCAAAAGCAAUUUGCUUUCACAAGUGAACACUGGAGAGGGCAAGUCGUACAUCAUCGCAACAUUGGCCAUCAUGCGAGUUUUCGGAACUCUUGGAUCUGUUGAAGAGAGCAACAGUCUCGUCAGUCUCUACGAUGCCGAUCUGUUGCGAAUUCCAACUUUCAAACCAAAGAUUUUCAACGAAAAUAUCCCGGUUUUGUCGACAAAACGAAAGAAGUGGCUGCAAAAUGUGUUCGAAGAGGUGUGCGAUCAGAUAAGUGCCAAUCGCUCGAUUCUUAUCAUUUGUCAAUCAAUCGCUGAGGUGAUCGAAUUUGAAAGAGAGUUCGUGGCUCUAAAUGCCGCUUAUCAAGAAGAAGAGAGUGUCAAUCUUCGAGACAAAGAAAAAAUGAACAACUGUAUCAAAACUCUUACCGUAUACAAGAGAGAAUUUGAUGAGUUCGAGUUUCCGAAUGGCCUUCUCUGCUCACGGCUUAUCAUUUCGACAAACUUGGCCGGCAGAGGAACGGACAUAAAGCUGAGCCGAAAAUUGGUGGCAAUGGGAGGCCUACAUGUGAUCGUCUCGUUUCUUCCUGAGAAUAGCCGAAUUGAAGAUCAAGCGUAUGGACGAGCGGCUCGAUGUGGAGAACCGGGUUCAGGUCAGAUCAUUGCUCACGUUGAAGAAGACACAAAUUCAACAACGAACAUCUUCCAGCUGAAACAGUUUCGCGACAACGCCGAGGUGCACCGCUUGAAAUCGCUAAGCGACUACUAUAACUAUCACAUAGCGGUAGAAGAGAGAUGUCUGGACUUGUUCCGUAGCCACUGCAGCGGUAUUCUCGAGCAGGUUUAUAGUGGAAACGAUGAGAGCUGGUUGCCAACAAAAGCCCAGGUGAUCUAUUUCGCCAUGUUGGACAAGUGGGCGCAUUGGGUUGAUGCGCGUGCCGAAGACAUCAAACACUGUGAGAAAAGUCGGAGUAGCAACGAAAAAGAGGCCAUUAUUAACAAGGUAAAAAAGUUUUUGGACACACAUCCGCUUCCGGGUAGGAGCUGUACGAUAGAAGAGGCGACCCAAUGGAUUCAUGCUCCACAGUCACUCUUAACGUUAGCUUUGAAUGAUGUUUGUGAAGAUGCGCGACACGAAGAAGCCGAGAAACAACUGAAAAACAUUGCCAUCAAAUUUCCGUUCUUUGCUCCAGAGGCAAUCUACUAUUUGGGUCUACUAGCACAACAGCAGAUUCGGCGACUAAAAACGAAAUUUUUGGAGAAAAAGGAGUUGACAUGGGAAGAAAUGACCAAAUACAAUCCAUUACACUAUAUUCAGUAUGCCCGGGACAAGCUGGUAGUCGGUCUCGACACAACGGCCGUCGGUUUGACCUCGUGUGCCGUUGAGGAAAUUCGGGACACUCCGGAGUGGCUCAUCGAGAACUCGACAGAAGCUUUACUCAAAUCGUUUCGACUUCUACAACACGCACGCGGCAUGUUGAUGGAGAAAAUUCAACGAAAAGCCGAGCUACAACAUAUUGUCACAAUGCUACAAAACACAUCAACAUCGGUGCUCUCAACGGGUUACGCGGCUCAGUGUGCUGAAGCGAAAACACUGUAUGAAACGAUAAUCGGAAACAUCGACGACAUGUUGGGGCAUACGGUAAAGAGAGAGGACGUGCGACAGGUGCUCGGCGAAGGAGUGGAUGCGGAAAGAAGUAGUGUCGAGGUGCUGAGAGCUCUUGAGUACAGCGGUGUGAUCAGUCAGGUGUGUCUAUCUAAAGACGUCUCUCUUCCUCAAUUACAAGCGAUUGCCCGCUCGCAUGCCAUGUCAACGACACUUCUCAAUUUCGUUUUUUGUAAUGUUCGAGAGACUGAUAAGCUUCCUGAAAAUGUUCAAGAGGUGAAAGUCAUCAACAGUGCCAUGUUGCUUGAUCUUUUCGACACACCAAAUGCUCUCGGUUUCUGGAAAUCACUAGUGAGAGCUGGUGGUUUCUUACAAGAGACAGCCUAUCUCGCGGUGGAGAAGGGUAAAGAGAUAGAGCUACUCAAGGGAAUCUCAAAAAGCGAGCCUACAAUAAACCCAUUCAUGAUCCAGUUGACCUCUAAAGACUUGAGCAAUUGCAGCCUAUACAAAAUGGAGGAUGUCGCAAAAGCUCUCGGUGCAGAUGCCCUUAAAAAUGUGGCCCUCGAGCAACACCUGACCGCCGGCAACGCAUCUAUCGAACUCACGGGGGUGUUGAACCCGGUGAUUAUCAAAGAGAUUCGACUAGAUGAAUAUGAUUACGUUAGCGUAGCGGAAGUUUCUCGACAACUGAACUUACCGAAAGCUGGAGCCGAGAUGAUCAUAAGGAUCCUGGAGAAACACGAGGUUCUCUAUCAAGUAGAGGCGAAGUUCACCGACAAAGAAGGUGUCUCACAAUCAGAUGAUUCCGGUAUAGAAGAUGAACCAAAACAAAAAGACGACGAGGAAAAUCAACUAACAAUAAAGCCGAAAGAGUUUGUGUAUCGGCUGAAAAAUCGUAUCAACUGUGAAAUGUUGCCACAGUGCAUGCGGGCUACUGUGCAGCAACUUCUUGCAAGGCAGCUUGCUUACGGCUAUGCGCUUCAAAACCUCCAAGCAAGCACGAAGAAAAUCAUCGAAGAAUGCAAGGGCGGCGACAUAAAAGACAACAAAUUUCAACUCAGUAUCAUUCUACCUCAACAACCGCACAUGCAGCUUUUCGACGACCUCCUCAAAGUAGGCAUUCUCCAACGGCAACGGGUGACAAAGGUGAUCGACGAUGUGUAUGGUGAAGAGAAGGGCUUCUGGGGAAACAUCUAUAGGAAGUUAAAGCCAAAACAGCCAACAAUUCUCAUCAACAAGUCGACAUUGAUCCCGAUCGGCCCCUAUCUCGACGAAAAGUGCGCUCCGGUGGGCAUGGAGAGGAAUCGGGUGGUCGCCAACGGGAUGCGACUUGUGGCCAACAUUGAGACGCCGAAUCCGUGGCGCUACUAUCCGCGUCUUUUUGCUGUUCUCCUGCCAAUUGCAGCCGUUGUUAUUGGAGUGGCGGCAAUCUUCUUAUCUCCAAUCGUUGUCCUUAUCGCGAUCGGUAUCGUGGCCGCUGUCGGCACCACACUCUUCUUCAUGUCACUCUUCACCGCAACACAGCGAGCAGCCACCAUAACAAACAUGAGCAAAGAGGAGGAGUUCCAUCUUGUACAAGACUGUCAUAAGACGGCAAUCAGCAGGGAAAGAACUCAGCGAAGAGAGAACCUCAUUCUAGAGACAAUUGGCGAGGUGUUUUGUGAGUUUUCCGAGAAGUGCUUGGAAUCGCUGAUGGCGGGCGCCUUUGUGACGACGAGCGACGAGGAGAUCGAACAGGCAAAAGAACUAAUCGCCAAGUGUUUCACGAUGGAUUCGGAACACAUCACAGUGUUGCGAGAGGGCAUAAAUGGAUGGAUAAUGAAGGCGACAAGCGGAUUCCAAAAGGAGUGCUAUGACACAAUUACGAAUGGUGUUGGCCAGUCAAGUGACACGAAAGUGAAACAAAAGCUACGCAAACACAUCAAGCAGUUUUUGGUAGGCGUGUUCGAAGCGUUACGCGAGAAAUUCCCGCGGUUCGCCGAUCGCUACAUGAUGGAGGCUGGUCUGUUCAUUCGCGAUCUGGCAAAAGCCGUUGAAUUGCGCGGAGAGGCAAAAUCGUUUUGGAAGCGAACAGUCACUUGGCAUGCCGACGAGAAGCUAGUAUGCAAGAUGGCUUUC